UGACUUACAUGGGGAGUGGAGUUGGACAAGCUGCUUGAAAAACCAAACCAGUUGCCGGACAUGAAGCACUUCGAGGAUAACAAGUAAAUCGGCGCGGUAGGAUUUAUUUGUUGCCUUAGGUGCGAAGUGUUAAAUUUGCCAAAUUGCUCGCCAUUUUCCCGUGGAGAGGUUCUCGGGUAAACUCGAGUCCAAUGGAUCCCAGGACCGCUUGGAUUCAGCCGGAGCAGAAGGGACCUGCCAAUUCCCUGUGGAUGCGCAUUUGGGAAACCUCUCAGGGAUUCGCAGCAAACUCCGGCAUCGAUAACCACUUUCAUUACCAACGCAACUUCGCAGCGCAAAAUUCAAACUCCGCGGACUCAAACGGCGAGUAUUGCAAAAAUGUAGCACCGCCGUCGGGGGUUGUGUUUGGGAAACUGCCGAAGCAAGACGGCGGCGGCGGAGACAGGGGAAGUGUCCGGAGGAAGGGUUCGUUGUCGCCGUCCUCCUCCUCUCUGGACUCGGAGGCCGAGAGCUCCUCGCCCUCCGGCUCCUCUCUGCAGAUCGACAAUUUGAACGUUGCAGAGGAGGCCAGCCGGUUUUUACACUACGGCGAGCACGAGCUGAACGAGAACAAUCUCCGACAGCUCUACCCCCCUCCGCCUUUUCACACCGUUCAGCAACACUGUCGCAGCAUGCAACAAUCUAACGGCCACACCCCCACGGGGAUGAAAAAUCAGCAUGGGAACAAGCACCACUAUCAUUCACAUUCAUCCGGCCGCAGGAGGCAGCUGAACAGGGCCAACACUUUCCACGGCUGCAAUGGACACUAUGUGGAGUCUCCCUGUAGUCUGUGGAAAACCAGACGGUACAGCCUGGGAAUUAAUGGUCUGCAUGAAGAGAUAGUGGACUUUUUCAACUUCAUGUCACCACGACCAGAGGAGGAGGCCAUGAGAAGAGAUGUUGUGAACAGAAUAGAAAGUGUCAUCAUGGAUUUGUGGCCUACAGCACGGGUGGAGAUAUUUGGCAGCUUCAGCACAGGACUUUAUCUUCCAACAAGUGACAUUGACCUGGUGGUGUUUGGAAAGUGGGACCAUCCUCCACUGCAGGAAUUGGAACAAGCCCUGAAGAAACACAACGUGUCUGGCCCGUAUCCCAUCAAGGUCCUCGACAAAGCUACAGUCCCAAUCAUCAAGCUUACUGACUAUGAAACAAAGGUGAAAGUGGACAUCAGCUUCAAUGUAGAAACUGCCGUGAAAGCAGCACAGUUUAUCAAAAGCUACCUUAAGAAGUACACUGUCCUGCCGCCCCUGAUCUUCGUCUUGAAGCAGUUCCUACUGCAGAGGGACCUGAAUGAAGUCUUCACUGGAGGCAUCAGCUCUUAUAGCCUCAUACUAAUGGCCAUCAGCUUCUUGCAGUUACACCCUCGGAUCGACACGCGACGCACCAACAUCAACCUGGGCAUCCUGCUGAUCGAGUUCUUUGAGCUGUACGGCCGCGAUUUCAACUACAUAAAAACUGGCAUCCAGGUGAAGAAUGGAGGGGACUACCUGUCCAAGGAGGAAAUGCUCAAAGCCAUGGGGAAUGGAAACAGGCCCUCCAUGCUCUGCAUAGAAGAUCCAAUACAGCCAGGAAACGACGUGGGCAGGAGUUCAUACGGUGUCCUGCAGGUUAAGCAGGUGUUUGACUUUGCCUACAUGGUGCUGAGUCAUGGAGUGUCUCCUCUUGCACGUGCUUACCCCAACAAAGAGUAUGACAGUACUUUAGGGCGCAUUAUCAAGGUUAGCCCAGAGGUGUUGGCCUACAGGGACUGGACAAUCAAGAAGUGGGGAGCCAAGCAGUAUCCCAAGCUGGAGAACCACGUCCUACAUGUAGAGACCUGUGAGCAGGACCUUGCCAGGCUGACACUGGUUUCUGUGGAGGAUCAGAGAGACAGUUCCUCCCCUCUCAGUGCUGACUCCCCCUCACCUUCCCCAGUCUUCCUUCCCAGCCCUCAGCACCAUUCUUCAUCAUCCUCAGCAUGCUCUCUCUCGUCGUCCUCCGGAAGUGACAUCGAGUCUGAUUCUCCCCCGAGCACUAAUGCUGCUAUCCAACUCCACCCCCUCACCCUGGCCUCAGUCCAUCCAUUAAUCCACAUGGCUACUAACCUGAGGGCCACAAAUCCAGCAGGCUUUAUCCACGCCACGCCCCAGGUCCAAAUGUCCCUCUCAGAAAACCUCACCAUUUCCCUCUCUGAUUGCCAGUUCUACCAUGAGAAUCCACCCUCAAUAAGUGUUGUGCACCGUCACCCUGCACAGGUCUCCCAGCACACUAACUCCACUAGCCCUCUUCCCAGCCCCCUCCACCGGCCACACCACCCUCAGGUAGGAGGGCAGCAGAGCCACAGUUACACCAUGAGAUCCAAUUCCUAUGGCUCCAUUGAGCCGCACAAAUUUACCUUCAAGCACAACCAAGGCGGCAGCCUCCGAGGUCAAAACCACUCUCAAGGUAACUUCAGCCCGCAGCGGCGGUUUAUUCCCCAGGGUCAUAACACGGCACCGGGUUUCAGGAACCAGCAGCAGUACAACCGUAACACCUGGCGACGCAGAAAGAGGGACAACCUUCCUGCUCUCAACCAGAGCAGAUGAAAGGCUGCAGGUGCAGGAAUUUGACAUCACUCAUAUUAGUAUUUGAAGGCCUCACUCCCAUCAUGAGUCUUUGAGUUGAGAAGCUGUGAAUGAUUCAUGAUACUUUUUUUUUUCUGUUGGAGGCUCUCUAAAAUUCAACCUACAUCACACUAGGAUUCCUAAGACAAUGCAAGUUGUCUCCCAUGGUGUCGAAUGAUCGAUCUGUGCUAGCACUAAGUGAUGCCACAGAGCCCUUGCAGGUGAAGGAAGACUGUAAAAUAAUCAUCUGCGUUCAUUUUGUUACAUUGGUCUGAUGGUAGUCAGAGCCCUCCCUCUAAAUUUGAUGUACACCAGCACAGACUUUUUGAAUUAAAUGAGGACUUACUGAUCCCAGAUUGAGUCUUCUCACCAGUGUCACUUCCCAGCAGCUAAAAUUUGCAGCUGGUUGGCUGAAGAGUUUGGUCAAGUACUGAGUUUCCAUGCAACUUGAACAUCGUUAAACAUCAUGUGGCAUGGUACUGAACUGGCGUGUCAAACCUGGUCUCGCUCUCUGUCUCUCUCUCAAAGUUUUGGGCCUUUUUGAUGAGGGUUGUGGUCUCAUUUGGUCUUCUGAAUGCGACUCCCUGUUAGCACGCUCUUGAUUCAGAGCUCUUACAGCUUUGACUAUCAUCUGUGAAUUGUACUCUGGACUGAAGCAAAGCACUACCUUUCUACCUAUGCAGCGCAACGCUGACUUGAUGUUUUUGGUGUGACGGCACAAAACGGACCUUGUCUCAAGUGCUUAAACUGUGAUGACUUGUUUGAAUGUACUGUUUCUUUUUUUUGUGUGUUUGUUGGUCAUUAUCCUUUGUUAUCUUGUUUUUGUCACUGAGGGAUUUUUUUUUUUUGUUCACAUUGGCACUAUGAUGUUUUUGUACUGUAAACAUUGCCACCUUAUUUUAAGUUUGUUGCAUUUAUAUGCAAUAAUAACUUGCUUUUAUUUAAUUUAUUUCACAUUUUAGUUUUUAUUUUAGGGGUUCUCCCCACUAUAAGUUUGCUCUUUCUUUUGAUUCUAGACUUCAUUGAUCUGUGCAAUAGAUGGAUUUAAGGGCCUGGAAGGAAUGUGUUUGUGUGUGUGAACAGCUUUCCAGCAGAAGGGGGAGCUAUGGUAUAACGACAUGAGAAAUGUGCCAAAAAUCCCAUGAUGCCAGCAUUUUACUCGUGUUUAAUUUACCACCGCAUUAUGAUCACUUGGAACUUUUGCCAACUUCCUGUCCGAAUGUUUUUCCACCUCUAGUUGUCAUUUUAAAUAUAUCACUCUUCUCAGUGGGGGUGUGGGCGUAUUUCCUCUCGAUAGGCCGUAGAGUGUACUGGGGAAAUGCACCGUUAGCAGUGUUUACUCGUGUCAUUUCAAAAAUUAGGUUUCAGAAAUAGUUGGUGCUACUUAUUACCAGCAAAGUGCUUGUUUUCUGCCUUAUAUCUCCUUUGAUUCUGUUAAAGCAACAGGUUAACUGCCUUCGUAAAAUGACCAAAUUUGCCCUUUUUCCUGUAUGUAGCCGAAGCUCUCUGUCUUUGUUUUUAUAAGCACUGUCAGGAUUGCUUGGCUCUUUUUACAGCUUCUAGGUGUAUGCUCCAGGAGCAGACUCCUACUGCAGUCAGUGGUUGUCAGCAUUAGCAUCAUGUCACUUUUUUUUUUUUUUUCUUUUAAUUCAAAGGUGAUUGUUACAAACCAGUUGUGUAAGAGGUCCUUACAUUUCAGAGGUUUUCCUCUCCAUAUUUAAAGUCAGUAUUUCUAAAACAAGGUUCCAAAGCAACAUAAUUUACACACCAAUCCAUAAGAGGACUAGAGCUUGGGAUGUCCCAGAUUCACCAUUACAGGAGUUUUGGUAGAGCCAUUAACAAAACCAAACUCCCGGUGAAGUCUGAUUAUUGUGACACCCUGGGUACCAAACCGAUGGACUCAACAUGAUACUGCUAACAUUGUCCCCUUGUUUUCAGUGCGGCUUUUCAGCAAGCUGUCUAAAGGGUAAUCGACAGGUUUUUACAUCUCUUUUGCCACAAACCAAAUCCCCAGCUCAUAUCUGUGUAAUUAAGGAUUGGUUGUAAUGUGUAAAUGACUGACAUAUAGAUGUAUACCUUGUUUUUUUUAUGUAAGUUUUUCUAUUUUUUUAAUAAACAUUUUAAA